AUAACGCACGGCAGCGCAAAAUAGCAACCCCACCAUUAAAUACUAUUAACGCACUGUUUACUCUCACUCGAAAUUAAAAAAAAAAUUCAAACCAUUUUAUUACCAAAAAUAAAUCCUGUCCAAAUCUCCGGCACCUAUAUCGACGGAAUCGCCAAUUCCCCGCCGUCAAUCGCCGCAUUCGGCCAUCCCAGCCCCAAAUCCGCCUACCCAAACACCCGAUUUCGCAUCACAAACCCUAAAAAAUAGAAAUUUUACUGUUUGGUAAACUUUCUUUGCACUUUAGGGUUAUUAAAAAUGAGUUUCUCUAGUGAUUUGUGCUUUCGAUACGGUGAGAUUUGCAAUUAGCUGAGCUUUCCUGAUUUUGCUUGAGCUUCCAAGUACACGUGGCGAUCUGGGUUUUCUUCACCUUCAUUCAGCUCAAAUUUCAGAAUGAAAAUGUGGUUACAUAUGAGAAUUCAGCUAUUUCUACAGUUUAGCAUAGUGUGGUGGUCGUAGAUUCUGUUUCGAGAUUUUUGGUUUUUAAGUGAUCUCUAUUCCUCCAUGGAAGUUAACAUAGAGGAGGCUCUUAAAGCGAAGGAGACUGCUGAGAAGCGAUUUUUUGAGAAAGAUUUUACAGGUGCUCUCGCUUAUGCAGUAAAAGCUAAAUCACUGUACCCGGAACUUGAGGGCAUAUCUCAUAUGCUAGCCACGUUUGAAGUUUAUGUUGCUUCUGAGGCAAAAUAUUAUAGUGAAAUGGAUCAUUAUAAAAUUCUUGGACUGAAGCCUUCUGCAAGUAAAGAUGCAGUCAAGAAGCAGUACAAAAAGAUGGCUGUGUUGCUCCACCCUGAUAAGAACAAAUGCGUGGGAGCUGAUGGGGCUUUCAAACUUGUUUCUGAAGCAGUUACUGUGUUGUCCGACACUGCCAAGAGAAGGUUGUACGAUCUUCAGAGAAACAAACAAUUGGCAGCUACAGGUAAUCAGCCCAAUUUGUCUUCAGUUCACGCUGGUGGGGUUCAAGGUUUCAACAAUUGUUCCAGUUCAUCAGUAUCUCAUAGUAGACUUGACACUUUCUGGACCGUCUGCACUUCUUGCAAGGUUCAGUAUGAGUAUCUCCGUAAGUAUGUGAACAAAAGACUUUCAUGUAAAAACUGCCGAGGAAUUUUCAUUGCUGUGGAAUCUGGGGCAGCCCCAGCAAAUGGUUCUUUUCCUUAUACUCCUUGUCCUUGGCCUUAUGUGCCUAGUAAUGGGUACGGGAAUCAUGGAUUUGAUGGGGUUACAUAUGUUCCAAGCAAUGGUACCUUUUUCCCAGGAAACGGGGUCUCAGGUUUUCAUUCUGGACAUGGGUAUGAAUAUACUUCAAAUAUGUCGUUUCAGUGGAACUCGUAUUCUGGAACCUCAGCUGGUGUUGCAGCUCUUCAUGGGUCAUCGGCUAUAUCCCCUGAUGCUGUUUAUCAGUCAAAUGGAAAUGUUAAGAAAGCUAGAGAGAAGGUGAAAUCAAGAGUGAAUGGAAAACGUUCUGUUACAAAUGUUGUGGCUAAAGUGGAUCUGACCGUGCCUGCUAGCUGUAAUCAGCCACCUGAAUCUAAGAGCAAUGGACGGGAUAAGAGAAGGAAACUUACUGUGGGAGCAAGUUUUAGAAAUGGGCUCGAUGAAAAAGUAUCAAAAUCUGCUUUAGAAGCAAAACUAGCCAAUGGAAAUGGGAGUAUUGGAAGUGAUCAGAAAAUUCUUAGUGCAGGGGAACUUCCAACUAGACGUUGCUCCAUGGCACCGGCUUUUGAUACGAAGAAGUUGUUGCUUGAAAAGGCAAGAACCGAAAUUUUGAAGAAAUUGGCCGAGUUUAAGUUGGCAUCAGAAGCAGCAGCUGCUGUAAAGAACACAAAAAGAGAGGCUGAAGUGCGUCAACCAGAAGUUGCACAAGCACAGAAAUUAGAGAUAAAGAAUACUGAGCCUCUCUGCAUAACUGUCCCCGACCCUGACUUCCAUGAUUUUGAUAAAGAUAGGUCAGAGGUCUUCAAGCCAAAGCAAAUUUGGGCUUUGUAUGAUGAAGAAGAUGGUAUGCCUCGCCUGUACUGUCUGAUUCGUGAAGUGGUUUCGGUAAAACCAUUCAAGUUAGUCAUUACUUACUUGGGCUCUAAAACUGAUAGUGAAUUCGGGUCCGUGAACUGGCUAGAUUGUGGGUUUACCAAAUCCUGUGGAAAUUUUAGGGCACGGAAUCUUGAUGUCAUUGAGCAUGUUAACAUUUUCUCUCAUGUUUUGAGCCGGGAGAAAGCAGCCAGAGGAGGCUGUGUUCGGAUAUACCCCAGAAGCGGAGACAUUUGGGCUAUGUAUCGAAACUGGUCAAAAAAUUGGGACAGAUCAACUGCAGCUGAAGUGAGGCACCAGUACAUAAUGGUGGAAGUUCUUGAUGAUUACUCCGAAGAUCUUGGUGUCUGUGUAUCCCCCCUUGUGAAACUGGCUGGAUUCAAGACAGUAUACCAAAGCAAUACGGACAAAGCGGCCAUCCAAUGGAUUCCAAAAAGAGAGAUGCUACGCUUCUCGCACCAGGUGCCAUCGUGGUUACUCAAGGGAGAAGAGAGUAACCUGCCCGGUAAGUGCUGGGAUCUUGAUCCAGCUGCAACCCCUGACGAGCUUCUUCACGCUGCGGUGGAAACCGAAGCUUAAGCAAAACAUGCUAAAACCAGGGAAGCAGGAGUUACUCGGGAGUUGUUAGUUGUAGCAUUCUUCAGACAAAAUGUAGGUUUUAACUGUACAAAUAUGUCACCCAUUGGCAAGUGGCCAGAGCAACAUAAACCUCAAAUGAUUUUAGGGGUGCUAUGUUUACCCAGUAAAAACUUGUGACAACAGUUUCAGAGUCUAAUGACUGAUUUGUUUUACAUGAUUACGCUCAUAGUUGUCUUGUGACUUGUCCAGGAGAGUUGUAACACCUUAUUCAGGACAGAUUGGGAAAUCAACAGUUAUUUAAUUGGGCAAUUUUUACUUUUAA